AUGAUUGGUAAUAUGAAAUCAACAGUUGAUGGAAAAUCGUGGUGGAAACAAAAACUUGAAAAAAAUGAUAACAUACCUCUAACAUGUAAAAACAGUUGUAGGCUAGCAACGGAACUGUUGGGAAAUGUUCAAGAAAAUACUAAUUUAUGUCGUCAACCGAGUAUAAGUAUAGACCAUGAAAAACAAUUCAGUGAUAAUUACAAAUCUACUUAUGGUUACUUUCACGACGAUUCAAAAUGUUAUUGUUUGUUACCGACAAAUAAUGACCGUACAUUAAACAAUGUAACAACAAUUGGAGUUGGGAAAUCUAAAAAAAAUAUUUCAAUUUCAAAUUGUUCAGAUUGUAAGAAGAAUAUAAAGUGCUACAUUUGCAACAUUAGUGGUUAG